CUCGAUGACUUCGAAGACAUGAAUCUGCAAGAUUUUAUUUACUUGGAAUUUGAUAUUGGAGAUAGUCUUGAGAGUGAACUUAUCUUCGAUGAACUAGAAGUCUCAGUGGGCAAUAUCUUGAAAACUGCAAUUUCGCAAGAAAUCGAUGAGACCGGGAUGCAAUUCAACUACAACCGAAGCACAUUGUGUGAAGACAUUCCCUGUGUUACGCAUAGUUUAUAUUUAGUAGCUACAGCUGACUUCAAAACAGUUAUCGAUAACUGCCGCUCUGGGAUAUUUUAAAAGCAUCAUGAGCAAGCCUUUGGUAAACUCCAGAAGCUAUGGAACUUAAGUAACAGGAGCAUUCAAGCAUCUGAACUCAUCUAUGAAUCUCUCGGUUGCCAACUGAAAACACCGUGCGCGACUAGAUGGAAUUCAGAAUACGACUCCGUAGAUUGCGUUUUGAAGCAAGACCAAGUCUCACUCAACACUGUCAUGAAGAAACUUAAGCUUGACGUCCUCGACGAAUCCGAUAUUGCUCUUUUGAAGGAAUACAAGGCUGUAAUGGGGCCUCUGGCCAAAUACUUGGAUGUAUUACAGUCUGAAACAAACAACUACCUGGGCUGUGUUAUUCCGUGUUUCCAAAAAAUCAAGAUUGCCAUGACGGAAUGCAAAGAUCUUGCCCCUAAUGGAUACGGAGUCGCAAUUUCCCGUGGGCUUAUGAGCCAUAUUGAAAGAAGAUUCAAGCCACUUUUGGAAAGGGAUUCCUUGAUGAUAGCAACAACAGUUCACCCAAGGUUCAAAUUCAACUGGAUCGCCAAAGAAAAUGAAGAACUUACUAGUAAAGUAAGGAAAUUGAUAGAAGCUGAACUUGAAAAACUGGAUGUUUUAGGAGAAACGUUCCAUAAUGAGCAACUGGAAGACCCCUUAGAUAUCCCUUCUAGAGCAACAUCAGUUAUGAAUAACUCGACCUUUUUCUAAUUGAUAAUGAUAGAGACUUAAUUUCUCUAAAUAAAUAUCCCCGCAUCAAGGACCUUUUCCUCCGGUUUAAUACCGCGCUUCCGUCAAGCGCACCAGUUGAACGUUUGUUCAGCGCUGGACCUUUGGUCUUAACUAUUCGAAGAAAUCGCUUGUCAGAUGAGCUUUUUGAAACUCUUCUGAUUUUGAAAGUGCACAAAAGUCUUUAAACCGGCCUGGUUGAUCUCAGCCUUAUCGAGUAAUCAUUCGAUUAUUUCAUUCCUCAAUCCUCAUUAUUUCCACAUUCUUAAGUUUUAAUGUUUAUUCUUAAGUAUACUAUUGUAGUAUACUUAAGAAUGUAAAUCCAAAAUCAUAUAGGAUUACUAUAUGCUUAUGGAUUUUAUGUCACGUAACCAAGUCAAAACGAGUCAGAGCAAAUUGUUUUGCUCGUUCUUUAAAACUGUCGAACGAAAACUCUUGUCAUUCAAUCAAAACUGAUAACUUUUAACUUGUCAUUGACUAAAUGUGAUUUUAGUUAAAAUUCUCUCGUCAGCCCACAUCUACUCAUCAAGAGCAUUUGUUUCAAAAACGAAAAACGUUUUCAAUGUUUCAUCAUUUCAUGUUACUGUUUAUUUAACCAAGUCAAAGUCAGCAAAUGUUUGAUAAAAUGAUUGUGUAUGACAUUACGUCGUCGUGCUAUGUUUAAUAAAAAUCAACAUUUGCC